AUGGUUCUCGAUGAGCAGCAGAAAGCGAGUAAUCUCCCCUGUGUGAGUAAUCUCCCUGAAUGCUGCCCCUACAAAAACGCUGAUGCCCAACAUGUUCAUAACACUUCUGCCCUGACCAUUGGUGCCCUGACCAUUGGUGCCCUAACCAUUGGUGCCCUGACCAUUGGUGCCCUGACCAUUGGUGCCCUGACCAUUGGUGCCCUGACCAUUGGUGCCCUGACCAUUGGUGCCCUGACCAUUGGUGCCCUGACCAUUGUUGCCCUGUGUUUACUUAUGCCCCGUGAAUUCCAUGUGGCCUACGUGUACAUCAGGAUGGGAAACUCCCCCCGUCCUGGGGUCUGGAUUCUAGAACGGUCCAAAGAUUUUGGAAAGACCUGGUUGCCAUGGCAGUAUUUUGCAGAGAACCCAAGUGACUGUUCCAACUUAUUUAACACAAGAGCAGAUGAGAGGUUGACCUCAGACACACAGAUCAUUUGCUCCACUGAGUUCUCCAAGAUCGUUCCCUUCAACAAUGGAGAGAUUGUUGUUUCCCUUGUCAAUGGACGACCAAAUGCCCACAAUUUUACCUACGCUGAUGAGCUGCAAGAGUGGACGAGAGCUACAGAUAUCCGAUUGGCGCUGCUCCGCACCAAGACCUUGCUUGGACAUUUGAUGGCUAUAGCCAGACAAGACCCAACAGUCACCAGAAGGUAUUACUACAGUAUCAAGGACAUCAACAUCGGAGGUCGCUGUGUGUGUAAUGGCCACGCCGAGUCAUGUGACGUGCGUGACCCAACCACAUCAAAGCUGGUGUGUAGCUGUAUCCACAACACCUGCGGGGAACGCUGUGAGAGGUGCUGUGCUGGCUACCCACAGAAAAAAUGGAGGAGUGCUCUUGUGGAUCAGCCUUUCUUGUGUGAACCUUGUGAGUGUUAUGGCCAUGCUGACGACUGCGUCUAUGAUGAGGAGGUUGCUAGGAACAGAUCUAGCAUUGAUAUCCAUGGAAACUACGAUGGGGGUGGUGUCUGUCAGAACUGUAAACACAACACAAUGGGAAUCAACUGUGAGCAGUGUGUUUUUGGCUACUACAGGCCCUAUCAUGUGGCUAAAAAUGCAACAGAUGCUUGCAGACCUUGUGAGUGUGACCCAAAGAUUUCUACUGGAGAGUGUGAAGAAGGAAGUGGACGAUGCCUCUGUAGGCCAGAAUAUGCUGGACUGGCUUGUGACAGGUGCAACUUUGGUUACUAUGGUUACCCAGAUUGUAUCCCAUGUGAGUGUGACAUCAAUGGCACAGAAGACUCCAUCUGCACAUCUGGCACUGGCCACUGCCCCUGCAAGUACAACUACGAUGGCGUUAAGUGCAAUCAGUGCGCUCAGGGAUAUUACAACUUCCCUGAAUGCAAGCCUUGUGAAUGCAAUAGAGUUGGAUCCCAGUUAACUGUUUGUGACCUGGAAAGUGGACAGUGUAGGUGUGACGAGCGCUAUGGUGGGCGUGACUGUGGAGAGUGUGCUAAUGGCUUCUACAACUUCCCACAAUGCUUGAAUUGUGGCUGUGACAGCAGGGGAACCAAGGCAGACAUCUGUGACAAGGAGUCAGGAGUCUGUCUGUGUAAUGACAGGUACGCUGGGAGUCAGUGCAACAGGUGUGCACCUGGGUUCUACAACUUCCCAAUCUGUCAAGAAUGCCAAUGUGCCAGCCCAGGAUCUAAGACUUCCAUCUGUGCUGAAAAUGGACAGUGUCUGUGUCACAACAACUUUGGUGGUCUCACCUGUAACCAUUGCGCACCUGGGUUCUACAAGUAUCCAGAAUGUAGUCUCUGCAACUGCGAUGUUUAUGGCUCCAUCGGCGCGUCAUGUGACCAGGUGACAGGACAGUGUCGGUGUCGCGACAACUUUGUUGGUGUCACCUGCAACAAGUGUGGUCCCAACCUGUACAACUAUCCCAACUGUGAAGAAUGCAACUGUCACCCUGAUGGGGCCAAAGCUGUCCCUGGCUACCCAGCUGGGGGCUGCGGAUCUGUCACGGUUGGCCGACUCUGUGAGUGCAAGGACCUGGUGAUUGGCAGAAACUGUGACACCUGCAAGACGGGAUACUGGAACCUGAACAGGAAUAACCCUGGGGGUUGUGAAGAAUGCAACUGUCACAGUCCAGGAACCUUGGCUGGGGUCAACCGGUGCGACAUGCUAACAGGCCAGUGUGAAUGUAAACCCAGGGUCGGAGGGAGAGACUGCAACCGAUGUCUGGAUGGGUACUAUAACCUGCAGGAGAACAAUCCCUUUGGAUGUGUGGAUUGCAACUGUGACCGUGGAGGCUCAGUGCGUAUGGCUUGUGACAAAACCACUGGUCAGUGUCAGUGUAAGCAGAGGGUCACUGGACAAAAGUGUGACAAGGCCAUCACUGGCAACUUUGUACCUACCUUACAUCAGUACAAGUUUGAAGUUGAAGACGGAGUAACUCCAGAAGGUGCUAGAAUCAAAUAUGGCUACGAUGAAAAUAUUUUCCCUAACUUUUCCUGGAGAGGUUAUGGAAUCCUCACCAAAGUACAGCCUGAAGUGAAGCUUGAUGUCAACAUCCGAUCACCCAGUCUCUACCAGAUCAUCUACAGGUUCACUAAUCGGGAGGAUAAACUUAUUAAAGGGAAAGUAACUCUCACUUCUGAUUCACCAACAGAAAUCACCCAGACUGGGGAACUGAGUUUUGUGCAGUCAAAGGAUCCGAGGUUCACCACCGUGUCCAGUGGCAACACCCAGUCCUCUUUUGUCCUGAACCCUGGUAUAUGGAUUGUCUCCACUACAGUCCCUGACCAAGUCCAGCUGGACUACUUUGUCCUGAUUCCCCAAGGAUAUUACGAGGCCAGCCAAGUUCAACAGGCUGUGAAAAAUCCUUGCAAUGUGACUGGAGAUCCUGGGCCAUGUGUCCACUUUAGUUACCCUGACCUUUUUGGCAACCCAACUGGUCUGGGAAAAAAUGGCUAUGUGGAGCUGGAUGGCAUGAGAGGCGACGCCCAGCAGAAUCCUAACGAGCUUUUGAGCAACAACCUUGGCUCACCUGGACUAGUGCACAUCACUGAACAGCAGAGAGGUUUCUGGAUUGACCUGGAUGUGCCUACCCCUGAUGAGUAUUUGAUCAUUGUCUCCUACCACAACCCAAAGAAUGUUUCUAAAGACUUGGAUGUUCAAGUGCGCACUACAGCAGGCAGCAGGGAUGGGAAGAUCACUCUCGCCAGUUGUCCUUUUGGAUCCCUAUGUCGACAAGUUAUCAAGGAUCAGAAUGGAUUUGAGGCUAUUUUUAAUAUAACCACAGGGGUGGCUUCUAUUUAUAUCAGUGCACCAGAUGCAGGGCAAGAUACAGAUGUUUCUAUUGAUUCUGUAUAUGGUGUAAAACGCUCUGUCUGGAAUCAUGAUUACAUAAUGCCAAGGAUUAUCUGCAUCAAAGUCAACGGCGUGUGUAUAACUUCAACUUACGGUCACCCAGUUGGAUCUGUUAGAAUAGAAUUUGAGCAGUCACCCAACGAAGCUCUCAUCUCCACUGUGCCACCUCCAGAUAUUCAUGACAAAAAUGCCGGCCUUGUCAACUUAGAUGACACAAUUAAAUUUGUGGAUCAAACUCUUUGUCCAAUCCAUGAAAAUGACAAGGCAGAUCAGUGUAAGACAGAAAAAUUGAGAACAGUGAUUCCUAUAACACUGUUUGGCAAAGUUACAAAACCUGGCCAAUAUGUCUUUGUUGUCCAUUACUACAUGCCCAGUCUGGCUGGCCUCAACAUACCAAUUACCAUGUAUGUGGAUGGAAAAGAAUUUACAGGUACAUUCAGCCCCAUCUACUGCCCCAAUAUUGUGGGCUGUCGUGAAACUAUCAAGUUUGACGCCACUGGGGGCAACGCCCUACGCAUGACAGCAACUGAUGUCAAAGUCGUCUUCAACAGCACUACUGGCGGGAAAAUUUGGCUGGAUUACCUACUAAUAGUUCCACAAGACCAAUAUAAAUAUGAUGUACUGGAUGUGCAACCAAUUGAUAAAUCUGGAGAGUUUUUAAAUUUAUGUGUGGAUGAAGGGUUUCAACUCAGGUCUGAUGAAGAGUUCUGUAAGGACGGAGCUUUUACACUGACCACCAACUUCAACAACGGAGCAUUGGACUGCAACUGUAACCCAGAUGGUUCCAGAAGUUUCACCUGCGACUCAUUUGGUGGCAACUGCCAGUGUCGUGAGAACAUUAUUGGCCGCACCUGUUCAGCUUGCAGACCUGGUUUCUACGGCUUCCCCAACUGCAAAGCUUGUAACUGUCCCUAUGGCCUGUGCCAUGAAGUUACUGGUGAAUGUAUUUGUCCCCAACUGGUUGAGGGCAGCAAGUGUGAUGUCUGUAAACCUCAAGCCUACGGAUAUGAUGCAUUAAUUGGAUGUCAGCUGUGCAGGUGUAACAGUGCUGGGGUAGAGAACGGAAACCUCAACUGUGACCAGAUAUCUGGACAGUGCAAUUGCAAGCCCAACAUCGGAGGUAGAAAAUGUGAUAUUUGCUUGCCAGGGUACCACACUUUCCCAUACUGCCAGGAUUGUGGCUGUGACAGGAAGGGCACUAAGUCUGGAAUUUGUGACACAUCAACUGGACAGUGCAUUUGCAAGGAAAAUGUGGAGGGAUCUCUGUGUGAAAGCUGCUCUGACGGCUACUUCAGUCUGACAGCUGAGAACCCUAAAGGUUGCAUCAGGUGCUUCUGUUUUGGCCACACUACCAGGUGUGACAGUGCUGGACUUAGCUGGGACCAGGUGAAUGAAAUGUCAGGCUGGCAAGUGACCAAUGCUGGAAACAGUCAAGUCAACACUGUCUUUAACACCGCCCAGCUCGUAUUUGAAGCUGAUGAUCCAGAGGAGAAGAACAAUGUGUACUGGGUAGCCCCAGCUGCUUUUCUUGGAAGACAGGUACCAUAA